CUAUGAUAGCUUUUAGCUUUUAUGCUAAUUUAUUUCAAAAUUUUAUUCAUUAGAAUUUUUUUAACACAGAUGAAUGAAACACCAGGAGAAUUGAAAAUCUGCAAUCAUUCUGAUGAUGUUUGGUGCAUUUUAUGGGAAACAUUUGGUAAUGCAUCAAUGACAUACGAUUUAAUUUCUUCAUCAUCAUCUUCAUCUCAAUUUCUUUCAACAUCAUUCUUGUUUCCAUUUUAUUGGUGGUGGAAUGGUAUUGAAUUUCAUAAUAAUAAUAAUAAUAGCGAAUCUGAAAAUAUAUUUGAUUAUUCCCUUAAAUGGGGAUUCAUCACUGGACUUUUCAUCCUCAUUUUGUUUACGGAAUCUCAAAUUAUUCCAGCUAAGAUCGACAAUUGUCUAGAAUCUACAAUAAAAAAUAUAGCAUUUACAGUUUUAAAUAUUUUAUUUUUCAUACUAAUUGCUCCAUUUAUAGCUGUAUUACUCAUAUUUUUUUUUAUAUAUCGAAAAAUUAUUGAUGUAGUGCUAAAAGUGUCAAUGGGAGAUAUUUAUGGUGGAUUACUAGAAGGUACUGACUCUAUAUGGGCUGUGGAAGAUACAUCAGGUUUGUCAAUUAUCAAUGCUCUUGGAGUAUUGGAAAUGAAAAAAGACAACAUUGAUGUUUUGAGUGAUCUAAGAAAUCUAGUUAAAGAUCGAUUAAUAUCACCGAACUUUGAAAAACUAUGGUGGACUCGGAAUAAGAAGUAUGGAUAUUAUUAUUGGCAAAAAACAAAUGAGAUUAAUCUAAAACAACGUGUACGUUGGCUGAAUAGUGAUGAAAGAGAAGAAUGUGAUGGAAACUGUAAUGAUAUUCAUAAAGGAUUGUUGAAACGAUUGAUCACGAAGGUUUGUAAUCAGCCACUUCCCCAGCAGCAUUCCAUUUGUUGGGAAAUUUUGAUAGGAAAUUUUUGUAAAAAAUGUCAAGUUAUAAAUGACGGAAAUAAUCAAUCUCCAUCAUUAAAACAAAAUAUACCAGUGCUCUUUAGAAUUCAUCAUUCUCUUGGAGAUGGUGUAGCAUUAUUGAGAUUACUUCUUGAAGUUAUAGCUGAUAAUGAAAAUUUUAACUGUUCUCUUCCAUUGAAUCAAGAAAAAAACAUUAGUUACAAAAAUGUUAAUGAUACGAUAGAUGACGAACAACGACAUAUACCACUACUACGUCAACGAUCAUCAUUCUGUGGCAAAUUAAUAGAAUCACAAAAAAUUAUUUAUUACUCAGCUGAUUUACUUAGUGCUUCAAUGCCUUUUAUUACGAAUGAGUUAGCAUUAAAAAAUUUUACAUGGAGGAAAAUUAAUAUUCGAAUUAAGAGCUGCUAUCAACUGAUAAUAGUAUUGACUUCAAAAAUUUAUAAAAAAAUUAUUAAAACUGUAAAUGAAUUUUUAAGAUACAUUACAGCCUUGAUAUUGUUACCAAGCUUUUUAUUUCAUCAAGCUUUACGGUGUAUGGAUAAUAGUGCUAUUCAUGGUCCAUUAUUGACGGGUAAUAAAAUUAUUUCAUGUUGGUUGGAGGAUCUCCAGAGAGUAGACGAUAACAAUGAGUCUAGUCUUCUGGAAAAAAUUCGAGAUAUCAAGAAUAUAACUGGAGUAAGAUUUGGAGAUGUCAUUCUUGCAGCCCUUUCCACUAAUAUUCACAAAUACUUUCAUCAAAUUGGAAAAUCAGCUCCAAAAAAAAUAACAGUAGUUGUUCCAAUGAGAAUGUCAGUGCCAAAUCAAAAAUUAACUCUUAAUAAUGGAUUUUCAGUUGGAUUAUUACCAUUGUGUGUAUCUAGUAUUAAUGGAAAAAUAUUUGAUUUUUCAUCAACUGUUGACAGUAAUGAUCCCUGGCGAUCAUUCGAUCGUCUCUAUGAUAUUUCUCAAUCUUCUGCAAAAUUAAGAAAUAAUUACGACUAUCUUAUUAAUUAUUGGGUGAUGGACUGGCUAUCUGCUGCUUUACCAGAAUUUUUCCUUAGACCUCUGCUCCAUAGUCGUAGUACCAUGGUUUUUAGUAAUUUACCCGGCCCACAAGCUAUUAAAAUUUUAGGAAAUACUUUAAAAAGAGUUGUGUUUUGGAUUCCUAACAGAGGGACUACAGGAAUAGGCUGUGCUUUUCUAAGUUAUAACGGUAGUGUAAAUUUAUCAAUAUUAGCAGAUAAAUCUGUAAUAAAUAAUGAAAUUUGCCUUGAUGAAAUAGUCAAAGGAACAGUCAAUGAAAUUAAAAAAAUGCAUGAAAAUAUUCAACGUGCUUAUCUACUGAAAAAUUUUAAAUUAAAUUCUAAAACACACAUGAAAAGAUUUGGUGUGCAAUAAAAUUAAUAUUAACACGCAAAACGUGAUCGAAAAUUUACAUAACUACGGUAUGUUUCAAAUUACUUUAACUUUUUUUAUUGCUUUCAAGUUUUUUACAGAAAAAGUUAUAUAAUUACCGUAUACAAUAUUUGAUUACUCAGAAUUAUUUUUUAUAAAUAAAUUG